UCCUGACACAAGUGGGUAUUGCUCAGCCUAACCCAACACUGGUGACUUCUUUGAAAUUUUUUUGGAUUUAACUUGAUAAUCAAAGCUAACAAUACUGGGUCUAGCUACCCAGUAAUUUUUAGCAGAGGAACCAAUGCCCCCAGCACCAAUAGUUUACCCAAAAACACAGGGCUGCUUUGUGAAAUCCUAGUAUUAAACGGUGCCUGUCCCCGAGCCAAGUGUUAGUUUCCAGUCUUAUGGAUUCUUUGCGCCCUCUUUAGGGUUUGGUUUUGAUACCAUCAACCAUGGCUAUAAAUCGGUGAGAAUAGUAUAUUUGGAGCAUUAAGGAGACAAUACUGCCACCAUUGAUUGAGCUUCACUUGUUGAAGAGUGUAUGCUGGAGAAUGGUGGAAAAUGAUUUCAAACAUGUCAUCCGUCGGGGUUCAAGGUCGGCUUUUCUGAACAGAGCUUGUCAGUGGACAACUGUGAGCUCCCAAAGAGAAGGUUCUGUAGGGAAGGACAUGAUUCCAUUUGGGCAAUGAAAGAGUAUGGUGAUGCCAAAUCUUGGAUUAAGGUUUUCAAUAUUGACCAUUUGAAAGGUCGGGUUUCUGAUUUUGUUGGAUUUAAGAAAAAUGGUGAGAUGUUUUUACUGCUUGGAAUGGAGAGCUAAUUUCUUACUCGAAGACAAAAUGGGAGCUGUAGAAUUCGGGGCUCUAAAAUACUGGCUCCCACAGGUAAAUUUUACUUGGACUCAUGUGGAGAGUCUUGUCUUAUUGAAUGAAGCAAGUUCGACCUCAACUGACAAUUCUUCAGGCAAUGAAGCAACAAAGGAGCAUUCUUCCCAUGUUGCUGGUCUGGACAAGAACAAAAAGGAAAAGAAGAAGAAAGGGAUGAAGAUUAUGGAGGGUCCUGAAAUAGUGGAUGGAGAAAAUAGAGUUUUGGAGGGAGGUGCUUCAAGUUCUAGUGCUACUUCACGUGAUAUUGUCACUAAUGAAGGAAAUGGAAGGUCAAAAGAGCAUGAUCUCGGUGCUAAAAACAGGAAACAAACAGUGAAGAAGAAGAAUGGGAAGAACAACAUGGAGAGUGAUGAUGAAGCAAAUGAAUUGCCUGGGAAGCAUAAUUUUCACAGUUUAAUCUUGGUGGGACUGGAAUCGGAAAGUACAGUCUGUUAUUUUAGAUUUUAUAGUAUAUGGGCUGCUUCCUCUGUUAAAAAGCAAAUUAUCAGACGAAUGAAGGCAUCUUCCUUUUAUCAAACAUUGCAUGGUUGGCUUUGUAACAACUGUAUCAUCCUCAAGGAACUGGUUUUUCUUAAUUAGAAACCACCUGCUGGGCAAAAACAAAAUUACAAUUCUUUCACCUGGAGUUGAAGCCUCGUAACUCGCUACAUAAACAAACAAG